AUGCAUGUCCUGUUCUUGGCAGAUAUUGCAAGGAAGUUUAUGCUUGAUUGGCCAAAGAGGUUCAACAUAAUCAAAGGGGUAGCUAGAGGACUUAUGUAUCUCCACCAAGAUUCGAGAACGACUAUAAUCCAUAGAGACCUCAAGCCAAGCAACAUCCUGCUAGACGUGGAGAUGAACCCAAAAAUAUCAGAUUUUGGAAUGGCAAGGAUCUUUGGGGGCAACGAACAACAAGAAAGUACCAGACGAGUUGUUGGCAUGUACUCAAAAUUUUCAAACAACGGGUACAUGUCGCCUGAGUAUGCGAUGGAGGGCAUUUUUUCCGUCAAGUCGGACACCUACAGCUUUGGUAUUUUGCUACUAGAGAUUGUAAGUGGAUUAAAGAUCAGUUCACCACAUCAUCUUGUGAUGGACUUUUCAAAUCUCAUAUCAUUUGCAUGGAACUUGUGGGCAGAUGGCAAAGUGGAGGAUUUCGUGGACCUAGCCGUCACGGAGAGCUACUCGCUUGAUGAAGUGUCCAAGUGCAUCCAUGUUGGGCUCUUGUGUGUCCAGGAUAGCUCCGGUGCUAGGCCUCACAUGUCAUCCGUUGUGUCCAUGCUCGACAGUGAAGCCAUGCCUCGCGCAGCGCCGAGGCAACCUAUGUAUUUCGCGCAGAUAAAUUACGAAACCAGUGAUGCGACAGAAGACCUGGAAAACUCUGCCAAUGGCGUGAGCCUUACGGCACUAGAAGGACGAUAACUUGCUCAUGUAACUGUGUCAUUCCUACUAGCUAUUAAGAUUUACUUAUAUUUGAA